CCGCAUUGAGCUCAAAUUCAUGUAAGAACUCCUUUAAUAUAUAUAUUCUGACUCUUCUUUCCUGCCAGACUUGGUCUACAAUGACUCCUUCCACCUUCUACCCACAUUAUUAAUUCAUCAAAAACCUAAUUCAAACACAAAUACUUAUUACACAUAUUGAAAUACACCCAUUUCUUCCAAAUUCGAUCGAUCCAUCAAUUCCACGCCAUUAAUGGCAGCAAUCCACAGCUGGAUCAUUCUCUUCUUCUACCUAUUCUUAUCUCCUCCUCCAAUCAUCUCCCUCUCCUUCAACCUCCCCGCCAUCGGCCCUUCCGACACCAACACCAACAUAAACACCACCGGUUCUUACAUCUCCAGCCAGGGCAUCCAGGUCACCCCCGACGAGCGCGGCGUCAACCAGGCCCAGAAAUACGGCCGAGCCAUCUACGCAAAGCCGCUGCAACUCUGGGACAGGGCCACCGGAAACCUCACCGGAUUUUCCAGUAACUUCUCCUUCGUGAUUGAUUCCAGGGGCAGUAAUAACUUCGCCGACGGGCUCGCCUUUUUUAUGGCCCCUGUCGGAACCCCCCUCCUGCCGGAAACCGCCGGCGGCGGCAUCGGCUACGGGACGUCCAAAUCGGUGGCCAAUUCGUCGGCGGAGAUAUUCCUUGCUGUCGAAUUCGACACGUUUCCGAAUUCUGGUUGGGAUCCUUCGUACCGCCAUGUCGGAAUUAAUAUCGGCUCGCUUAGAUCGGCUGUAGCCGCCGAAUGGCCGAAUAAUAUUACUCAUGGAGCAGAAAACAACGCCUGGAUCAGCUACAACGCGGCUUCCAUGGUGCUUAGAGUUGACUUCACUUCGUUUACGAGGAACGGGUCGAGAAUCGACAGAAUCGAACAUAUCGUCGAUCUUAGACAACACUUGCCUGAACAUGUCAUUUUUGGGUUUUCGGCGGCGACGGGAGCUUUGUUCCAGAGAAACACUGUCAAGUCAUGGAACUUUUCUUCCACAUUGGAUCUUCCAGAACCAGGGCGGGGGCCAGGUCCCGGACCUGGCCCUGUCAUCGGAACGAGGAAGAAGACAGGGAUGAUUGUCGGAUUAAGUCUUGGCCUGUCGGCGGCGGUUCUUGUCUUAGUUCUUACAAGCUACUGCAUAUGGAAGAAGUCGAAGUCGAAGUCGAAGUCGAAGUUGAAGAACAAGAACAACGAUAGUGGAUACGAACAAGACGAGGAAUUUAUAGAAAUGGACAACGAAUUCGAAAAAGGGAGCGGACCAAAGAGGUUCUCUUACCUCGAAUUAUGCCGCGCAACGAGUAAUUUUUCAGACGAGGAGAAGCUCGGCGAAGGGGGCUUCGGAGAGGUAUUCCGGGGGUGGUUGAGAGAAACGAAUUCUUACAUUGCCGUAAAAAGAGUAUCUAGAAAAUCGAAGCAGGGUCUAAAAGAGUAUGUUUCCGAAGUCAAGAUCAUAAGCCAAUUAAGGCAUCGAAACUUGGUGCAACUAAUUGGGUGGUGCCACGAGCGCGGCGAGCUUCUCCUCGUCUACGAGUUCAUGCCGAACGGAAGCUUAGAUUCUCACCUCUUCAAAGGCGGCGAAUCCCAAUUGACGUGGCCUGCGCGCCACAAAAUCGCGCUCGGAUUAGCCUCGGCGUUGUUGUACCUCCACGAGGAGUGGGAGAGUUGCGUCGUGCACCGCGACGUAAAAUCAAGCAACAUCAUGCUAGAUUCGUCCUUCAAUACCAAACUCGGCGACUUCGGUUUGGCCCGUCUCGUCGACCACGAAAAGGGGUCCCAAACGACGAUUUUGGCGGGAACAAUGGGAUACAUGGCGCCGGAAUGCGCGAUCACCGGAAAGGCGAGUAAAGAAUCGGAUAUUUACAGCUUCGGCGUCGUGCUACUAGAAAUUGCUUGCGGGAGAAGAACAUUCGAGCCUCGGUUUCCCGAGGGUCAAAUGAGAUUGAUCGAUUGGGUGUGGAGUCUAUACGGGUUCGACAAGUUGCUCGACGUGGCCGAUCCCAAGUUAGGCUUGGAAUUCGAUGCGCGGGAAAUAGAGUGCUUGAUGAUCGUCGGGCUGUGGUGCGCGCACCCGGACAAGGAAUGUCGGCCGUCGAUAAGGCAAGCUAUACAUGUCUUGAACUUCGAAGGCGACUUGCCAGAGCUUCCGCCGGCGAUGCCGGUCCCGAGGUUUUACCCGUCGACGGCAAGGAUGGCGGAUAAUGUGUUGAAUGUAGGUUCGGACAGUGAGAAUUACAGUUCUUAUAGCCGUUCGACGAAUGCACCUACGACUACGACGUCUUCUUCGGGCUCGGGCACCAUGCUUGUGAAGGAUUGAUUAAGAGAAAUUAACAAGCAUGGAAUAUGUAUGAGAUCUAGGAAUUUUGUAUACGUAUUGUAGAAAGACAAAUACUUGGAGGUUAUAUAAAUUCGAUUUAUUUA